AGAUUUUUGUCGAAUUACGGAGUAUACGGAGUGCUCCGUGCAUCCAACACAUCAAGGUUGCAGCACUGUGAUGCUGCUGAUAUAAAUACAAGGUUCACAUCAUCUGCUUGCCACCGUCCCCUGGCAAGAAUCCAUCAUUCCUCAUUCCUCAAGAUUCUCUCUCUCCCUCUCUCCCUCUCUCUUCGUCUCCACACACAUUCUUUGGAUAUUCAACUAGUCUUCAUUAAUUUCCAACAUCUUUUCCGCUCUUUUCUUCUGCUGUUUGAAAUUUCUUUGUUCCCAUUCCGGGUUCCCUCGCUUGCAACAUGAAGCUUCUCUCCACACUCUCACUUCUGAUCUGCACUGUUGCCGCUCAACCGCUGCUCAGUGCUCGCCAGGACAACAGCACCUUUCGACUAAAGACUGCCGGAUCUGAUAACCCGGAGCACAACAACCUUUAUGUCUUUGGAUUCCAUACCGGUGCUGGGUUCAACGAUGCGGUUCUUACGCCCAGUGUUGACACCGCCUCCAAGGCCUUCUUGAACGGGACCCAAGUUCAGUUCCAAUAUGGCACUACCUUCCCGUGGGGUCUCCAACCCGUGGGCAACACCAAUUACGCUGCCUGGGAACCCGUAGAGAUCAAUGUCGGCUACGGGCAGUCCGGCUUCUUCUUUAACAGUACCGGCCUGCAGUGGUCGGAGCAAUUUGGUUUCGGAGGUUGGCUGGUUUGCGACUGGUAUCACAAUGCACCCCAGCUCUUCUACGUCUAUCGCUACGAGGUCGCCCAUUAUCCUGCCUCCUGCAGUGAGGUGAACGUUCUGCCCGAGCCCGUCGCCUGAACCCGAUCCCCCGGACUUGCCACCGCUGCGGCGGCGCGAAGUGAUGAUUCAUAACGCCGAUGGGACAGGAACUGCAAACGGUGGGGAUGAUAACCGUAUGCUUUACUCGGUGUACCUUGUUAUGUGCGAUGCGAAUUUGGAAUGGUUCCUGGGAACUGUGAUUGACGAGAUAUAUGUAUCGUUUAUAUUUAUAUAACUGUGAUGUCAUUUGGAUGGGAGGGAUCUGAAUCUCUUGAAACGAUGUUGGGAGCUUAAAUAAUUCAACCCCAAAUAUAUAUUAUCCUCUUCCGGGCGAAAUCCGGCGGUUGUGCAUCGUCUGUAUCGAUUAUUGGCA